AUGUCCAACUCUGACGGCUUUAUCACAAACUCAAAUGGCUUGGGAUACGUCUCUGGGUCCGCGGCGAAAGAGCAGCAGCAGCAGCAGGUGUCGGCAGCUCCGGUAGUGUCUACGGAGGAUACUUUGGAAGUAAGAUUCGAAUUUGGCGGCGGCCUCCAUCUCCUCUUCUCUUCCAAACCCCAACACGUCGCUCGUUUACCGCGUUUCAUCCCCGACACCACCCCAGCCCAACCGCUGAAUAUGCGUUACGUCGUCAAGUGGAUGAAAGAGAACUUGCUUAGUGAGAGGGAGGAGAUGUUUGGAGAAGGUGAUGGAGUUCGUCCGGGCAUUUUGGUAUUGAUAAAUGACGCGGACUGGGAACUUGAGGGUGAGCUGGAGUAUGAGCUGAGAGAUAAGGAUGAGGUUGUAUUCAUCUCUACCCUUCAUGGUGGAUAG